AUGGAUUCCGAAAAUCGAAAUAGUGCUGAUGCUGCUGGUGAUGGGAAAACCACAACAUAUCCGAGUGUUGGUUCGAGUUUGCCGCAAGAAGCUUCAGAGGAUUCAAGUAUGGGAAAGAGGAAGAAGAAGACAUCGCCUGCGUGGGAAAACUUCAUUGUGGUCACGAGAGUUGUUGAUGGUGUCUCAGAGUUAAGAGCCAAAUGCAACCACUGCAACAAGGACUAUGCGUAUGAACCACACAAGCAAGGAAAACUACACGUUAGGAAGCUUGAUCCGAAUGUUUUCCGCGAAAUGGUUGCUAAAUGCAUAAUAGAGCAUGAUCUCCCAUUCUCCUUUGUUGAGUAUACUAGAGUUAGGUCACUCUGGUCUUAUCUGAAUGAUGUGAAGUUCAUAACGAGGAAGACUGCUGCUUCAGAUGUGUAUAAAUUCCAUGAGUUUGAGAAGGUUAAGUUGAAGAUAGAGUUGUCUGAAGUCCCUGGUAGAAUCUCCUUCACAUCAGAUCUUUGGACUGCUAUAACAGUGGAAGGAUACAUUUGUCAGACUGCCCACUACGUUGAUAAGCAUUGGAAGCUGAAGAACAAGAUUCUUGAUUUUUGCACAAUGCCUCCUCCUCACACUGGUAUAGACUUGGCUAUGAAGAUUGUAGAGCCGUGGAAAGAGUGGGGGAUAGAGAGAAAGGUAUUCUCGUUGACUCUAGAUAAUGCCAGAAACAAUGACAACAUGCAAAACAUUUUGAAGAGCCAGCUUGUGAUCCAGAACGAUUUUCUAUGUGGAGGGGAUUUCUUCCAUGUAAGAUGCUCUGCCCAUAUUCUAAAUAUGAUUGUUCAAGAAGGGUUGAAGGUGAUGGGUGAUGCCUUAGGAAAAAUCAGAGAUAGCAUCAAGCCUGGGUUGACACUGGAUGUCCCAACCCGUUGGAACUCAACCUUUAAGAUGCUAGAUAGAGCUAUCAAGCACCGUGCAGCCUUUGAUAGUUAUCGAGGGACUGAUCCAAGUUCGACUUACCCUACCUCUAACUUGUACUUUAUGCAAGUGUACAAGAUUGAGUUGUGGCUGAAAUCGCAUGAGAAUAACAGUUCAGAAAUCAUUGUCGAGAUGAUUGGGGAAAUGAAAGCUAAAUUUGAUAAGUAUUGGCAUUAUUGCUUCACAAAGUUGGAUGAUGGUACUGCUGCGAAAAAGGUGGUUUAUGUCUCAGAUAAGCUGGAACUUCUUUUUAAAGCCUAUUCUAAACCAGAAAUAGAAGCUGCUCCAUCAACUGGAAACAACGCAGACGAUUCAGACUUCUACAACUUUCGCAAGAACAGUGUGAAUGCUAAUGGCAAAUCUGCAUUGGAUAUGUAUCUGGAAGAACCACUGGUGGACGUAAAGGAUUUUCCAAAUUUGGAUAUUUUAUCCUAUUGGAAGGACAACUCUCAUCGUUUUGGUGUGUUGGCUACUAUGGCUUUUGAUCUUUUAAGCAUUCCUAUAAUUCUUGUGGCCUCCGAUUCCUCAUUGAGCAUUGGCUCACGAGUUCUAAACAAGUACAUAAGCUGUCUCCUCCCUCGAAAUGUUCAAGCACUGAUAUGUGCUCGUAAUUGGAUCCGCAACUGA